AUGUCGGCAAAAGCAGGCUUCGCUCUAGUAACACCCACCUCAAGGGGCCUGGGAUUCGCCUUUGCACAGCAACUUUUGACACGCACCUCACUGCCUGUAAUCGCAACAGCCCGCAAAGACUGCGAAGGGAUAAAAGAAAGACUACUCUCCAGCGAAGGCGUCCCCAAAGAUUCAGAGAAGAGACUACGCGUCCUCGAGGUCGAUGUUACAGAUGAAUCCACGAUAUCCGCAAUGGCAAACACAAUCAAAAAAAAACUCCCCGACACACCAAUGAGACUCGGCUUAACAAUCCCAGGCACUUUGCACGUCGAGAAAUCACCCAGUCAAAUCGACGCAGCCAAAGCACUAGACAGCUUCCGCGUCAAUUCGUUAGGCCCAUUGCUGCUGAUGAAACACCUAACGCAAUUCGUGCCGCUUCGAUCCGCACCCGCGUUCGAAGCAGAGUCUGCCGAUUCCCAGAACUCGUUGUCAUUGCCUUCGCAUGCCAUCUAUGCCAUGAUGGCUGCUCGGGUGGGUUCGAUUUCCGAUAACGGGUCGGGCGGGUGGUAUUCUUACCGUGCGAGUAAGUCGGCUGUGUUUCAGUUGGCGAAGUCAUUUGAUUUGUAUUUGCGGACGAAGAGUGCGGAGAGGGCCAUUGCGGUCGCGUUGCAUCCUGGUACUGUGAAGACGGAGUUUACGAAGGAGUUUUGGGACGGCAGGGAUAUGUUGGAGCCUGGUGAUGCGGCUGGGAGGUUGUUGGAUGUUCUUGUUGGGUUUUCGUCGGAGGUGAAGGGUGGGAGGGGGAGGUGUUGGGAUUGGAAGGGGGAGGAGGUUGUUCCGUGA